AGCUUGCGAGGACAACUCAAAACUUUCGGUGGCAUUACACAAGAACUUUGACUAGAUCGCUAUCCUGGUCUGCGGUAGAGGGACCUCUAGACCCCCCUCUAACUCACGGAACCUUACCGGACUUUUACGAAAAUGACAUACUGAGCAAGUACUCCGAACGGCCCGCGUUGCGGUGCCGCUCUGAACCUGCACGGCCCUAUGGUGGACCAAGAAGUACCUUCUCUGAUUCACAGAAGAGUCUGGCCUGGACAUUUGGAGAGUUUGACGAUCAUGUCGCUGCCGUUGCCCGUGGACUGAUUGCGAUGGGAGUGAAGAAGGGCGAAAGGGUAGCUGUCAUCAUGGGCAAUAACAGCGCCUACGCCUGUCUACAAUGGGCCUGCGUAAAAAUCGGCGCUGUGCUGGUGACGAUCAACCCUGCCUAUCGUGUUCAUGAACUGAUCAACACCCUAAGGAUCGUGGACGUCUCCCACUUAUUCCUCGUACCUCGCAUCCGAUCCUCCAAUUAUAUACAAAUGCUGUUGUCCUCGCUGCCUUCGCUUUCUUCAGCUUCAGCAGGGGAAAUCCAAGAUGAAACUCUUCCGGCUCUGCGAAAUGUAAUCGUUAUGGAUGACUCAUUCUCAUCGCACGGUGCGAAAGACGCCGAAGGUUUGAGAUCCAUGAUCGAUUUUCGGGAGACGCUCGUUUGGGCACAUGGAUCGGAAGAGGCGGAGGUCAAGGCUCGAAUGUCUUCGCUUGCUGAGCACGAUGUGAUAAAUAUGCAAUACACCUCGGGAACCACGGGCUCCCCCAAAGCAGUUUGCCUCACACAUCACAACCUUCUGAACAAUGCUCUUUCCAUCGGUCGAUGCAUGCAGUUAGGCCCUGGUGACGUCGUAUGCAAUGUACCUCCCUUGUUCCACUGCUUUGGCCUUAUUCUGGGGAAUCUGGCAGCGUGGACGCACGGAUCCUGCAUCGUCUACCCAAGCCCGGUUUUUGACCCACCGCGGAUAGUCGAUGCUUUGAUCCAUGAACGCUGCACCGCGUUGCACGGAGUGCCUACCCACUUCCUAGGCGUGCUCUCCGAAGUGGAGAAGAGGCGUGAUAUGGGUGAAGCCAUUGAUACUAGCUCUCUGCGGACGGGCAUUGCUGCAGGGUCGAGUAUACCGAUUGGCAUGAUGCGCAGAAUGAUCAAUGAGCUGAACCUCACUGGGUUAACAAUUGCAUAUGGAAUGACCGAGACGAGCCCUGUAUCAUUCCAAACCACACUUUCGGACCCUCUCGAGAAGCGUGUCGAAACUGUCGGCAAGAUACAGCCUCAUGUCAAGGCCAAACUCGUCGACCUGGAAGGAAACGUCGUCCCAAUCGGAAAGCCGGGAGAAUUACUGGUCGCCGGAUACCUGCUACAAACCCAGUAUUGGGGUGAUGAGGAGCAGACCAGGCGCGUGAUGAAGAGGGACGAAGAGGGAACGCUUUGGAUGCACACCGGCGACGAGGGUAUCAUGGAUGAGGAGGGUUAUCUGCGCAUUGUUGGUCGGAUCAAGGAUAUCAUCAUCCGAGGUGGAGAGAACCUCUUCCCCGUCCAAAUCGAGAACGUUUUGACUUCACACCCUGCUAUCCUGGAGGGCGCUGCCAUUGCGGUUCCUGACCCUGUAUACGGCGAGGUCGUCGGCGCAUGGGUUGUCAGAAAUCCGCAUUCUCACACCCAGAUUUCGCGGGAUGAGGUGCGCAUGCAUGUGAGCAGGGGAAUGAAUCCGCAGAACGCGCCCGCCUGGGUCUGGGUCGUCGGAGAAGACACAGACGAGGCCGGCAACAUCAUACAAGAACUACCGAAGACCGCGAGCGGGAAGGUGCAGAAGCACAUCCUGAGGGCUUGGAGUAAGGAGCUUGCAAGAAGAGGCAUAGGCCGGGUGCAAUCUCCCCAGAUGAGGCCAGAGAAGAUGCCCCAGGCGUCAAGUGGAGCGUAGGAUCUGAACUAGCGUAUAACACGCGUUAUGGCAAACCGUUACAUGUACAUAUAUCACUCAAAACAUCGAUAACAUUGCGAUC